AUGAAAAAGGAUGGCGGUCUUCCAGAAGAUUUGUUGAUCACGAUUCUCAUGGCAUUACCUGCCAAAUGUUUAGUGAGAUUCAGGUCUGUAUCAAAGUAUUGGAACUCUCUCAUCACUAGCGCUGAAUUUAUCAGUAUCCAUUUGGCCCAGGCAAAGCCAUUGCUUCUCUUUCAUCACCACAACCAGUCUUACUCUCUGCGUUUGGAUAAUGAGUCUUUAGACAUGUGGUCAAACUCAGAGUUCGAGCUGCCUUCUAAAAGAGAAGAUGAUGACUUCCAAAUAAUUGGUUCUUGUAAUGGAGUUAUAUGUCUUUUAAAUAGUCCGCAAGAUCAUGGUCACAGCAUAAUUUUGUGGAAUCCAUCAAUUGGAAAAUCUUUGAAUCUUGUACUUCCGAGGUUAUCUGAUCCUUUCCACGGUAUUUUUGGUUUUGGCUUCAAUCGGCAAUGUAAUGACUACAAGUUUGUUAGAGUUGCCACACCUCACUACCCAGUUGGAUGUCAGGUUUACUCGGUCAAAGAAAGAUCUUGGAAGGCCAUUGAUGUUAGCCCUGCUCUUGGUUACAUUAACCCCAUACCUUCAGUCUUAUGGGGACGUUCCAGUUCUUAUAACUAUGCUUUCCUGAAUGGGGUUCUUCAUUGGCUUGUAGACAGAGAGGAGUUUGGCAGUAGGUUUGUGCUAUCUUUUGAUCUAAGAAAUGAUUCGUUUGGGAAGAUGAUGCUGUCUCCAUAUUUAGCUAGCAAACUCGAUGAGUGGAUGGCAAUUUUGGUGUAUGAUAACUCCGUUUCUUUGUUUCUCAACGACCUCGAUACCAAGUAUAUUGAGAUAUGGGCUCUGAAAAAAUAUGAUGCAAUGAAAUUAUGGGCCCGAAAACUCAGGAUUAAGGCAGUCGGAAUAGGAUUGGCAAUGGUCUGUAGGAAGAAUGGUGAAAUAUUAAUGACAAGAUAUCCAAGUGACGAAGUGGUUUCAUGUGAUCCUCAGAGGAACGAAAUUCAUGAUCUGCAAAAUUUAGGGCUAAGUGACUAUGCUGAUUCUUAUGUGGAGAGCCUAGCUUUACUUGAUGAAUUAAAAGAGGAGACUGAAAAAGAAAACGUAGAGAUCACUCACUCAGCCACUUUUGCAAUUUCAUCCUUUAAAUGCAUUCAUUAG